AUGACGGCAACUAUCCAGAGCAGGCAAGCGAAUCUGUCUUCUGCGCAUGACGAUGGGCCUCAUGGGAGCCCACAGCGGCACAUUCACAGAGGCGGAGGGUCAGCGGACGAAGCCGGUGUGGGCGGACAAAUGCAGCUCGAGUUCGGCCGUUAUGCGACGUACGUCGAUGUCGCCUUUGGGCUUACGAGGCACUGGGCCCUAAACAAGCUCCAGUCGCUGGCGGUAUUAAUACCAGCAGCGUUCCUUGACGACCGCGGCACGCGGCUGCAAGAAGAGGGGGGGCCGGCAGCACUUCCAGAUGGUCUCCACACCCUGCUCUUGACGGGCGCCAGCGGCAACGCGGCGGCGCUGAUCGGCGGGGUGACGCUGCACUCGGCGACGAACAUUGGAUUCGAGGGCAAGAGCGAGGUGGCAAGGAACGUUUCGGAAGAAGAGAAGCUGCGUUGGAAAAAUAUGGUCAUGUUGAUCGUCGACGAGAUUAGCCAGGUGGGUGGUCUCACGCUCGCGGCGGUGGACAGCCGCCUGAAGCAGUACAGGGAUGAUCAGCAUCGACCGUUUAGCGGGAUCCCAAUGGUCUUGUUCUUUGGUGACUUCUUCCGGUUCGACCCCGUCCUGCAGACCAGCCUCCUCUUGCCAACGCCUAGGGACCGCGGCGGACAGAGACCAGAGAGCGCUGCAAGGCACCUAGCUGCGCAUAAGCUGUUCCUCCAGUUCACGGCCGUCGUCAUCCUCCGCGAACAGGUCCGCGCGGCCGGCUGUCCAAGGCUGCGGGGCUUCCUCCAGCGCCUGCGCAGUGGCGAGCAGACCGAGCUGGACUUCCAGCGGCUGAGCCAACGCCUCUAUACACCGCCGUGCGAGUCCUCCUUCGUAGAUGGCUUGAGAGCCAUCACGCCUCUGAACCAAGACCGGUGGGACCUGAACAUGGCGGCCGUCGUCCAGUGGGCUCGUGCCCACGGCAAGCACAUCUCCAUCUCAGCGUUCCGAACAAAGCAAAUCAAAUCAAAUCGGAGCCAGGUCAGGCUUGGUGCCGUGACAAGUCAAGCAACCUCAGGGACUCAAGGACUUCGCAGUGCUAGCCAUCUCCGAACCAUAUGCCAGGCUGAUCGAAGGCUCGGUGACGACGGUCCCAAUGAGUCAUCACAACUGGACGAAGCUGAUACCAACGACAAGACGAGAAGCCACGUGGCCAAUUCGGAGCAUGCUAUGGGGACGAGAACGGACAUCAUACUGGCGGGCGAUUUCAACCGCCACGACCAGCUUUGGGGAGGGGACGAUGUCUCACCAGGGAGACAAGGCGAGGGAGACCGCAUUAACAACCUCAUGGACGAACACUCCCUCUGUAGCCUCCUCCCAAGAGGCACGCAGACGUGCCAGUCAUGCGACAUUGAGAGCACAAUCGACCUGGUACUGGCCUCUGCAGAACUAGCAGACCAACUACUCAGAUGCACGAUUCACCCCUGCGACCAUGGCUCAGACCACAGAGCAAUCGAGACAGCUUUUGACACCACGGUGGAGGACCGCCCCAGUGAGACGAGGUUCCUCUUCAAGAACGCGCCCUGGGCGGAAAUUAGGACUAGGGUGGCAGCAAACCUCGAACGCAUCCCCUGGGACGGCAAUGUCCAGCAGCAGACGGACAGGCUCAUGGCAGUGGUAACCGAGGCGGUCUACGCCCUGACACCUAAAGCCAAGCCCUCACCAUACGCCAAGCGGUGGUGGACAACAGACCUGACACGGCUUCGCCAGACAUACACGUUUUGGAGAAACCAGGCGAGAUCUCGACGUAGGAUUGGGCAAACAGCACCAGAGAUCGAACAACGAGCCAGGAUGGCAGCCAAAGAGUACCAUGACGCCAUCCGCAGACAGAAGAGUUCGCAUUGGAACGACUUCCUGGCCGAUGACGCUAACAUCUGGCAAGCAACGAAGUACCUGCAAACCGGCAGCGGCACGAUGGGCGAUAAGAUACCCCCGCUCGUCCGACCCGAUGGCUCCAUCACGGAGGGUAAAGCAGAACAAGCGCAGGAGUUACUCACCGCCUUCUUCCCACCUUUGCCAGCGAGAAUCGAAGACGAGGGCCAACGACCUCAACGGGCGCCGGUACACAUGCCAGACCUAACAAUGGAGGAGAUAGAACAAAAGGUCCUGUCCGCUAAGCCAUGGAAGGCGCCCGGGGAAGACGGUCUACCGGCAAUGGUAUGGAGACAGCUCUGGCCAGUGGUCAAAGACAGGGUGCUCCAUUUAUUCCGGACGUCGCUUCGAGACGGCGACAUCCCCAGCCAGUGGAGGAAUGCCAAGAUCAUCCCAUUGAAGAAGCCAGGGAAGAGCGAAUACACUCUAGCCAAGUCCUGGAGACCCAUCUCGCUGCUCUCCACGCUGGGUAAGAUACUGGAGGCAGUCAUUGCGGAGCGUUUAUCCCAUGCUGUGGAGACCUGCGGCCUUCUACCCGCCAACCACUUCGGAGCCAGGAAGAGACGCUCGACCGAACAGGCUCUCCUUCUGCUUCAGGAACACAUCUACAAAGCAUGGAGAGCUAGGAAAGUGCUCAGUCUGAUCAGCUUCGAUGUCAAGGGCGCAUACAAUGGGGUCUUCAAAGACAGGCUUCUCCAGAGGCUCAAGGCAAGAGGGAUACCUGAAUCCCUGGUCAAGUGGAUCGACGCCUUCUGCUCCAAGCGCACAGCGACCAUUGCCGUAAACGGGUUCACAUCUGGACGGCAAGAGCUGCCCCAAGCGGGUCUUCCGCAAGGAUCGCCGCUGUCUCCAGUGUUAUUCCUCUUCUUCAACGCCGACCUAGUGCAGCACAAGAUUGACGCGAACGGAGGCGCAAUUGCCUUUGUGGACGACUACACUGCCUGGGUAACGGGCCCGUCAGCGGAGUCGAACCGCACUGGAAUCCAAGCUAUCAUCGACAAAGCCCUUGACUGGGAGAAACGGAGCGGCGAAGUGGUCAAACCGAAGGAAAGUGCGAAAAUCCUAGGUGUCGUGAUGGAUCGCGAACUCCGCUACAAGCAGCACAUUGCUAGGACGGCAGCUAAGGGCCUCGCAGCCGCUCUGGCCCUGAAGAGGCUGAAGAUGCUUUCCCCGCGGACAGCGAGACAGCUAUUUGUUGCGACAGUAGCCCCGGUCAUGGACUACGCUGCCAAUGUCUGGAUGCAUGCGUGCGGGGAAAAAGCACUGAGCUGGCUGAACAGGGCGCAGAAGAUCGGGGCCCUGGCCAUCACGGGAGCCUUUCGAACCGCGGCAACAGCCGUGGUGGAAGCUGAAGCGAGCAUCUACCCCGUACGAGAACGACACGCCCAGGCGGCAGCCAGUCUGUGGAUCAACAUCCACACGCUGCCCGGAACGCAUCCCCUUGCCACGAAGAAAGUCCGGACCACCGUACGAUUCGUAUCUCCGCUGCAGAAAAUUGCCCGCGUGGCCGAAGGAGUACGAGUUGACCGGAUGGAGACAAUCCAGGAAUACGCCGUCCCGCCCUGGGUACCUCGCCUACGACCGACGCUCGAAGCCGAUCGAGGGAAGGCGGCCGAGAUGGUCAACAAAAUUUCGGGAAUCGUGAUCGCAACCAGCUCAUCCGUAAAGAAGGGCAUUGUUGGCAUGGGCGGCCUUGCACGGGAUACUCUCUUCAACAGAACUAGCGAGACUGUGACAAACUAUGCUGUUGUUCUUGGGACAAGGGAAGAGCAGAACCCAUAUACAGCAGAGCUAGCAGCCAUCGCAAUGGCCCUGGAGAAGUUACCGGCUAGCAUCUGCCACAGGCACAUCACCGUGAUCACUAGGAACCAGUCAGCGCUGGCAGCAGUUGGACAGCCGCGGCAGCAAUCCGGCCAAAGCAUCAUACGGCAAAUCUACGACUUGGCCAGGCUGCACCGACAAAGAGGGAACUCGGUCAACUUUCUGUGGAUACCAGCGGAGAUUGACUUCGCGCUGGGGUCAGAUGCCAAGGCAGCAGCCCAUAGAGCGUCGAAGCAAGGACGCACACCCGACUCCCAAAUACCCCAGGUCAAGUCUACCGCGAUGAGGCUGGCAAUGGAAAGACAACGGGCGACAAGAGUUCUACCUGUAAGCGUGGGCAAGUUCUCAAAGGCCAUGGACGCAGCACUACCAGGCAAGCACACGCGCCAUCUCUAUGACAAGCUGAAGCGAAAGGAGGCCUGCGUAUUGGCGCAGCUCCGAACCCGGAAUGGCGAGACUGAACGGUUUUUUGAGCAGGAUUGGGGCGGUCGAGUCAGACCUUUGUGCCUGUGGACAAGCGAGGGAAUCAGUGGAACACUUUCUUUUCCGAUGCGUGAGAUGGACAGCUCUGAGGGAAGACAUGCUGCAAUGCACAGUGGCAAGACGAGGAAGCCUCUCGUUCUAUCUGGGAGGGAAAGCGCCAUCGGAUACAAGGCAUUGGUCACCAGAUAUGAAGGCAGUCCGGGCGACGAUCAAAUACGCAAUGGCAACAGGAAGGCUGGAGCUGAAUGA